CUCAUUUCUUCUUGAUGUCUUUUCAAAUCGACCGCAGAGUGGGCAAAGGCUUGGCGCUAGUCUCUUUCCCAGUCCUUUCACGGUAAGAAACAAGAUGGCGGCUGCGAGCACAACAAAGAAAGCAAGAAAGCAACUUUCCCAGCCGGUCGGUCCGCAAAAAUCCGAGAAUUCACGCGGGACGACGUACAACAUUUGGUAUAACAAGAAUGCAGGAGAAAGAUGUCAUUCUAGAGAAAAAACUCAAGCUACUACUCGAUGUAAUAUAGCAAAAGAUAGUGGAAUCACCAAAGGCAGUACAAGACAAUGGGAUGGGACAUUCAUUUGCUUAAAAUUUGCCAGGGGUUGUUGCCCGUUUGGAUACGAUUGUUCCUGGAUUCACACUUUACCUUCGGACGAGUUCGAAUCAAAUUUAGAAACAACGAAAGACUGCUUUGGUCGAGAAAAGCACGAGCAUGUUAGAGACGACCAGAGUGGUGUGGGUUCUUUUUCAGCUGACCCGCAGACAGCGAGAACUCUUUAUGUUGGCGGGAUAUCCGUGACGUCUGACCUCCAAUCCGUUGUUUAUAAGCACUUUAUAGAGUGGGGAGAGAUUGAUAACGUCAGGGUGUUGCAUUCAAAAGGUGUGGCUUUUGUACGCUACAGAAACCGUUCAAAUGCGGAAUUUGCCAAAGAAGCCAUGCAGAAUCAAGCUCUGGAGAACAAUGAGAUUUUGAAUGUAAGGUGGGCUACAGAUGAUCCCAACCCUUGGAUUCAGAAACGGAAAGUGGAAAGUAGCAAAGAAAAGCUUGCUACUGCAAUAUUACAGGACUAUGAUGGGCCUCUAAGUAACCAAGGUGAUGUGCUGGAAGGCCAUCUCCCUCCACAGAAGCGUCGGUAUCCGGAUCGUGACUUAGAAAAUAAUGGAGAGGCAGUAGGUUACUAUCCAGACACUGAUAAUCAGUAUUCAGGAGUUAAUAUCAAAUCUGAUACUCAGGUACCUCAGUCCCCUGCCAUGAUGAGUUAUAGAACGGCCAGCGACUCACAGCCAAAAACUCUGUCUGAUCUUAUUAAAUGGUCAAAAGAGCAGGCUUCACUCAACAGAACAACUGAAUCACCACACUCAAAACACAUAGGCAUGGCGGUAACUGGUGGGAAGAAAAAUGAAGGAAGCUUUUCACUUGUUUCUGCCUAUGAUUCUUCUUCAGAUGAUGAGAGUGGAGACAAAAGCUAACUGUUUUUUCAGGUCUUACUUUUCAAAAACGUACUUUUUUGUAGAUGAAAUGUUUCUUUUUUCUUUUUUUUUGCACCAGUUCUUGUUUUCUUCUAUGCCCCUAUUCCAUGUAUACCUUCCAUGUAUACCAAGUUACAUAUAGAUCUCAUGUGUUUCUCACAGUUCUAGUUUCACAUCAUUAUUUUAUAAUAAUGAAGCUAGCUAUCAUACUAAAGUAUUAUUUGUCAAUUGGAUUGAGUAAAUCAACACAUGGUUAUCUCUUCUUCAAACUAAUUUUAUCUACUUAUCUGGCAUCUCUCUUAACAUCUAUAACAUAAGAACGUAAUCAUUUAAAAAAAAUGCAGCAAAUAGCCAAGUGAUUCAAUUGAAAUAAAAUAAAACUAACAAAUUCAUGCAAAGCAUCCUAUGACACUACACUCAUCUUUCUCAUGAGCUCCUUAAUUGAUAAAUAAUACGUUUAUUAAGUCGGUGGAAUUUUUCAUCCUUGUUGUUCAGCAGGGACUGUGGACUCCGACCUUCAAUGAUCUGACUUUCAUCAAUCACAACAAUGAUUCUGUCAUAAUCCAAGAUUGGGUCUAAUCUUAGGGCAAUUGUUAAAAUUGUCCAUUUUUCUUAGUUCCUUUUUGAAGAAAUGGCUGCUUAUUAUAUAUUCUUUUAUGAGCAUUAAAAUUAGCCUUACUGGCCUCAUUUUUAAGUUGAUAAUUCAAAAGAAAUUAGACUCAAACAAGGUCAGUAAGGCUAAUUUUAAUGCACACAAACGAAUUGAAAAUUGGCAGACAUUCAUGAAAAGGGUUUAUGUUGGUCAUCGCUUUAUGAAAAACAACAGUUUUCUUGUCUUGAAGUAGAUUAACUGUCUUCGCCACCACUCAAGUUUGAUCCAUUUUCCAUUACCCUGUAAUCUAGCUUCUCUUGACUUCCUUCCCAUUUGAUUUUUACGUCACUUUCUCCAGGAUAUCGCAGAUGUUUUUGGUCUGAAUGCUUCUCCUUGAGUUCAGCUACAGUAGUUAAGAGUCCCACAUUUCAAUAGCCCUUAUUGCUGGUUACCACAUUUUUCUUACAAAUUUAUAUAGUUCAACUUGUAUGUGAGGCAAUUUCAUAGUUUCUACCUGAGAUAACCCCC